AUGGAUAUGCAACAAUGCAAAAUCUUCGGGAAUGAUUAUAACAAUAGGAAAUUUUACAACGCACUAAGUUCUUUUUUAACUCAAUUGGAAUUGGUUUGGAAAAUGCCACUAUAUCAACAAAAAUCACCUGAUCUUAAUGAGAGAUCAUAUACACAUCAGGUCAUCAAGUGUAUUUUUGAUUUUAUGUUUUAUAAUAUAGAACAUGUCAACUUAGAAUACGACAGACAAAGCGAGUCUACUAAAAAUAGGAAUGGGGGUAAUUCAGGACCAAUUCGACUUCCUGAUGUGAUGAUCUCAAAAAAAUACGAAGGAUCCGAUCACAAGUGGGAAUUUGCAUUUUCAGAGGUCAGUUAUGCCCCAUAUUCGUUUGAGGAAGAUCACUAUUUAGAAGAUAUAACACGACAAGCUAAAUUUUCUAAAGAUGAUUGGAAUCAUGGAUUAAAAUAUAUACAAAGUCAUAAUAUACCUGAAGCCAAAGAAAUCUGGGAUAAAUUUAAUCAUAUAAUAAUCCAUUUCUAUAAAACAAUGAUGGACAUUUACGUUCUAGACCGUGUAAUGAAACCAUUUCACAGAAUGGUCUUGGUCAAAUCAAUAGAAAUACCAUUGUUAAAUAAUAAUAAUGAUUUCGCAAUCAAACAAGUGAGCAAACUAUGUGAAUCGAUACUAUUUGCAAAUAAAUUAAUAUUAGAAAAUAUUAGACACAUAGAUUCGAUAAAUCAAUUAUUGAUAAACAAAUCACCAAGGACACUAGCAACACCAGAAACAGCAGAACAAGGGAGCAUAAUCCUGACGAUUAACUCACCGAAUGAUUAUGCUUAUUAUAUUUAA